AAACAUUUCAUCGUUCGUCGUCCGGCUUGGCGGAUCACAAGCGCGAUUGCCAGCCUGGCCAGGCGUGCAGUGAAUAAACACAGCGUAAUAACGCUACUCUUUUGGAUUACCAGUGCAGUGUAGCAGGAAACAACGGCAAAUUGUGGCGAACAGUUUGUCGAAUUCUCGUUGAUCUCGUUUUUUUGUGAUAACAAGAGAAACUUGUUGUUGUACGAUGGUGACCGGGGUGGGUGCCACGAUGCCGACAGGCGGUGUCACCGUCGGUGCUACGCCGCCGGCGCAACACGUGCCCCAGGAGGCUGGACAACCCCCUGCCCAAACCACCACCACGACCACGACCACGAGAAGAUCUGGGGAGAAUCGACGGAGUAAUAAACCGAUUAUGGAAAAGCGCAGACGGGCCCGCAUUAACAACUGCCUAAACGAUCUGAAGACCCUCAUACUAGAUGCCAUGAAAAAAGACCCAGCGCGGCACUCGAAGCUGGAGAAGGCGGACAUUCUGGAGAUGACGGUGAAACACCUGGAAACGCUCCAGCGUCAACAGGUUGCCCUGGCAGCGGCGACCGAUCCAAACGUGUUGAACAAAUUCCGCGCCGGUUUCACGGAAUGCGCCGGCGAGGUUGGCAGGUUUCCCGGUCUGGACGCCUCCGUGAAGAGACGUUUGAUGGCCCACUUGGCCUCCUGCCUCGGCCCGGUCGAGGCGAGCAACAACAACGGGCAGACGGCGAAUCAGCAGCCCGUGCAACCGGCGCCACCGACCACCCAGCUCCAAGUGCACAUUCUUCCCCAAGUGGACGCGACGCCGAGGAUCCAGGUGCAGCAAUCG